AUGGUUGCUGCCCGGGUCCUCUUGCGCCGCGGUGUUGACUGCCUCUGUUACGAGACGGCCGGGAGCGGCGUCACUUGCGAGACAAUCGCUCGGGCCUGGGGGCUGACCGUCGACGGCUUCGAGAAGUUGAACCCCGGCUUUACCUGCCCGGACCUCGAAGUCAAUAAGCCAUACUGCGUGAUGGGCACUGUCACUCCUGACCCGUCCAGCACCACCACCAUCACCUCUCGCACGGCGUCUACCACAACUUCCACGUCGACUCCCAGCAACACCGCGACCCCGAGCCCAGUGCAAGACGGCAUGGUUGCCAACCGUAACCGGUUCCAUUUCGUCCAACAGGGUCACACAUGCGCGACUAUUGCGACCCUGUAUUCCAUCUCGUCGGACUGCACCGGCCUCUGGGCCUCAACAUAUGCUUGCGUUGGCGUCGUUGGGGUUAACCCAACACCAACGACAACGAAGCCAGGCAAUGGGAUCACGACGCCCACUCCGGCACACCCGGGCAUGGUCAGCAACUGCAACAAGUUCGUCUACAACAAUGUCGGCGGCGGCCAGUGGGUCAAGCUGUGGAACGGCAUCGAGGAGGACUGCCGCUCAAUCCAGGCGCACACCUACGUCUGCAUCGGCGUCAUUGGAGGCACGCCGACACCGACCAGGACCCGGUCCGGCAACGGGAUCACGACGCCCACUCCGGCACACCCGGGCAUGGUCAGCAACUGCAACAAGUUCGUCUACGUGAAUCCCGGCGACACAUGCGACGGAAUUGCUUUCUGGAGCGGCGUCGCCGGCGGCCAGUACGUCAAGCUGUGA